CCAGAUCUGGUGUCCCCUCUGACGGCUGACUUUUGCAUGUGACCACGUCCACAGCAUUGUGUCCCGGCUGCAGACAGAGCACCCAAACGCCCUGAUUCUCAUCUCUGGGGACCUUAACCAUGCCUGCACCCCUCUCUCCACCACUCUGUCCAACUUCAGUCCUACCUCAGUCCCCCUCCCACCUUUAGGACACUCUGAUCACAACCUGGUUCAUCUCUCCCCUACACUCCAGUGGUGAAACAGCAGACGCCACAGGUUAAAACACUGAAGAUCUGGACUGAGGAGGCAACAGAGCAACUGAAGGACUGUUUUAACACCACUGACUGGGACGUUCUCUGCAGUCCACAAUGGGAGGACAUUGACAGCAUCACACACUGCAUAACAGGCUAAAUACAUUUCUGUGUGGAAAACACUGUGACAACAAAAAAUUGUUGUUUCUCCAACAACAAGCUUUGGGUGAGCUGAAAGUUAAAUACAGACACAAUGUUUUUGUUAUGUUAAUUUUGAACAGUGUUUAUGUGAAGUGAAAUGUUUCAUGAAUUGAAGUGAAAAUAAAACUGUUGGCAAAACUGUGGGUAAAAGUGUGGGCAGGAACGCAGUUACUCAAUCACUUAAAAUUUUGCAACAAGCAGUGUCCUGAACUCAGACAACUGAAUCAGACAGCUUGACUUUCAGUCGACGUCUCAGCACAGCAAAGAAAUAUUGUACAUUGUAACUAAUUUCAAAGUUCCACCUUAUUGUAACAGUGGAUGUAAUGUGUGUCAGAAUUCAUGUGGAACACAAUUCUGUACUUAACAGCAAUGGGAGGACAAUCAUCUCAACCUAUUCCUACUUGUCCUCCUCCUUCUCCACUUCUUGAUGAACCAUGGAGGCAAAUAGAUUGGGGAAAAAAACAGGAAUCUGUCCAGUACGUGAACGACUACAAACCUUUUGAUGAAGACCAACAGCUCAGGAUUCUUCUUUGUGGACAAUGUGGAGCUGAAAAAUCCAGUUUCAUCAACUCUGUCCAAAGUGUUUUAAGAGGCAGGAUGUGCAGACAGGCUUUGGCAGACAACACCUCUGGUGAUAGUUUCACUAAAAAGAACACGACCUACAAGAUCCAAAGAGAACGUCCAGACACAUUUUACCCUUUUGUCUUCAAUGACAUCAUGGGCCUCAGUGGAAUCAAAGGUGUUCUUGUAGACGACAUAAAACAAUCAUUACAGGGACAUGUGAAGGACAAUUACAAGUUCAAUACAGAAUCUAAAUUGGAAGAAGGUGAUGAGCAUUUCAACAAAGCUCCGACUAAUAAUGAUGGGGUUCAAGUUUUGGUGUGCGUCGCUGCUGCUGACACGCUGUCAGUCAUGAGUGACGACGUCCUGAGGAACUUUAUGGAAAUCAGGGAUGAAGCAAGUCAACUAGUUGUUAUGGAACAUGGACCAAGGAUCACACAUGCCUCAACAAACUCCUUUGAGUCAUGUCUUAGCACAGACAUUCCACAAAUAGCCAUUCUCACCAAAGUUGAUGCAGCCUGUCCAGAGGUGAAGAAGGAUUUGAAGAACGUCUACAGGAGCAAACGUCUGAAACGGCUGGUGGAAACUUUCAGUGCAAAUACAGAGAUUCCCAUGAACUCCAUCUUUCUCAUCAAGAACUAUCAUGAGGAAAUCAACCUCAACGACGACAUUGACUCACUGAUCCUUAAUGUCCUGACACACAUUCUCAACACUGGAGAAGACUUCGUCAACAGGAAGCUGUAGACAAUAUUCACAAAUUUAGUAGAUCAGGAAGAUUUAUCUCUGCAAUCAGAAAUAUUUUAAAAUAUCAAAGUAAUUUGAAAUGUACCUGUAAUGGGAAAAUUGUUUCUUCCUUAUUCUAUGCAGUUCUCAUAUGAUUUAUGAUAUGAGUUAUGAAUUAUGUACUGCAAUUAAUAUCUUGUGUUUUGUCUUACAUCUGUUUUAUGCAUUUGACAUUUCACCUACAUUGUUCAAUAGUUGCCUCUGCCCGAUGGACUCUGGCUCCUAUCUAGUGCCCAACCCCAAGGCAGGGGAGUUGUGCCUCACUCUGUCUGUUGGCCUUUAAUUGCCUUGCAUGGCAGCCCAGUGCUCCCCCAUGGGAUGGGUUACUACAAGAUCAAUUUUGUUCUUACAUUGUGAUGUGAUUUUCCUUCAUUUUUAUAAUAAAUCACACAAAAGACAA